AACACAUCACUUGCACCUCUUCCACCCUUCUCCUUCCUUUGCUCUUUCUAUCCCCCCCCCCUCUCUCGUUCCUCUGUUCCUUCCCACGAAACAAAGAGGAGCAGCUAAUCUAAACUUCUAAAGCUGAGUGACGAAGAGGCAUUUUCUUUUAUACGGAAGGGGUUGAGAACGAUGCCAAACCAGCUAUGGUUUGUACGGCCAAUGAUUUACAAAGCUGGAAAGAUUUUCCCAAGGGACUUAGGGUUCUUCUCCUUGAUGGGGACACCAAUUCUGCUGCCGAUAUAAGAACAAAGCUCGAGGCCAUGGACUAUAUUGUUUCCAUAUUCUGCAACGAGAACGAAGCCUUGUCAGCAAUUUCAAGCAAACCUGAAGGUUUCCAUGUUGCCAUAGUGGAGGUUAAUAUGAGCAAUAACCAGGGAUGUUUCAAAUUUCUUGAGAAUGCUAAAGACUUGCCAACCAUUAUGACUUCAAACGAUCAUUGCCUCAGCACCAUGAUGAAGUGUAUAGCACUUGGUGCAGUUGAGUUCCUAAGCAAACCACUCUCUGAGGAAAAGCUCAGGAACAUCUGGCAGCAUGUGGUUCACAAGGCAUUUAAUGCUGGGGAAACUGUCCUGUCUGAAUCACUGAAACCCGUCAAAGAAUCUGUAGUAUCAAUGUUGCAGCUCCAAAGAGACAACAAGGAACAUCAAAGUAAAAUCACAAUAGAUUUAGAGAAGAUAUCGAGGUAUAGUGAAAAUGACAAUGAGCUGUCAGCUGGGAGUGACAAUAAAUACCCAGCUCCUUCAACACCGCAAUUAAAACAGGGGGCUAGAUUACUGGAUGAUGGAGAUUGCCAUGAACAGACUCAUUGCUUGACUGGAAAAGAAAGCGGAGAGCUGGACGGGGAAACUAAAUCUGUCGAAACUACAUGUGGUAAUUCUAACUCUGAGGGCGCUACACCUCAACCAAGUAAGCUUGAAAUGACCCUAAUCAAGAAGGAAGAGGACUUUGCCAAUGGUUCUAAGAGUGAGAGUGAUAUUUCUCCAAAUAAUCAUGAUGGAAAUUUUGUUAGCAGCAAUGAUGAUAGCACUGCAUCUCCGAACAAAGUAGAUGUUCACAGUGAUACAUGUGAGAUCACAGCUAAUAAAAAGAAAUCAAAGAAGAUGAAGGUAGACUGGACGCCUGAACUGCACAACAAAUUUGUUCAGGCAGUGGAACAACUAGGUAUUGAUCAAGCCAUACCUUCUCGAAUAUUGGAGCUAAUGAGAGUAGAGAAUUUGACGAGGCAUAAUGUGGCUAGCCAUCUUCAGUUUUUUGUCAAACAGAAAUAUAGAAUGCACAAGAGACAUAUCUUGCCCAAGGAAGAAGAUCGAAGAUGGUCAAAUCAAAGAGAUAUAGUGCAAGGGAACUAUUAUGUACCAAGGCCAAUUAUGGCCUUUCCUCAAUAUCAUGCUAAUCACACCUUAUCUCCAGCUCCUUUGUAUCCUAUAUGGGGACAGCCGGGCGGACAACCGGCUGGUGUACAGAUGUGGGGCCCAUCUAACUAUCACCUAUGGCAGCCUUUUCCAGGGAUGCAUGCGGAAGCAUGGGGUUGCCCUGUGUUGCCACCUUCUCAAAAUCUUUGUUUUUCCCACACUCAACAUCUGCCUGGAUUGCACAAUGCUAAUAAUGUUGAGUAUAACUCUAGCAUGCCUCCAAGUUCGUUAGAGCACCAUCCGGCAGAUGAAGUUGUUGACAAGGUUGUAAAAGAGGCAAUAAGCAAGCCAUGGCUACCCUUGCCCUUAGGCCUCAAACCUCCUUCCACAGAUAGUGUGUUGGCUGAACUCUCUAGGCAAGGCAUAUCCACCAUCCCUCAUGGUUCUAAAUUUAUAUAGCCAGCCGCUGAUGUGGCCACUGAGUCCCACCGAUGUUGACUCUGAUGGCGACAAAAUUUGAUGUUCUGGCUGGCACGAGAACUGCUAUUUUUCACAACAGGCAAUUCAGUUGAUGCCCCCCAAGUUACUGUAAUUUUCUUUUCCCUCAAAUUUGAGAUCCGAAGUUAAUGAAUUGGUUAGGAGAUGGAAGUCGGGACCAGCGCACCUUGCCUGGUCCCUGGCGAACCAACAACCAGUGAGGUUUCCACCAAGCUGAUGAUGGGAAGCCACAGUUGAAGAACAAGAAUGGACAUGGAUCCUAUCCUAUCCUAUCCUAUCCGUUGCUUUUUUGCUGGAAUAAAAAGCUCAUAUUGCAGUGGGAGACACCCGUGAGGCAAAAUGGGCGUCCCAGAAGUGGCCACGUGGUUGUUGAUACUUCCACCAUGUUUGUUUUGAUGAUGGGUUUGUAUCUGAGUCGUGAAUGCACAACUUUUGCGGCAAAAAGUGUAAGUCAGCGCAAAUGACAGGCUAAAAGGUGCAUGAAUGAGAGGAUGGCGUGGGGCGGGGCUAGUAUUAGACGUAGAUGUAGUGGAGGGGGUAUCUAAUAAUGGAAACAGUGGCGCUUUUGUUUUCUUCACCCCUUUUAUGGGGUAUGCUACAGUGACAUAUGCUGCUCUGCUGUUUUGUGAAUAGUAAUGAGCGCAAUCCCGACGGAAGCUGACCAUUUCAUUUUGCAUCUAUGUUCGCUUCAAAACAGAAUUCAGGUAAAAGCCUUCAUUUGCCGGCUUGCCGCUUUGGGUUA